AGGAUUAACAUAUAGAUACAUAUAAUUCAUACUUAACCUUCAAAAUUAAGAUUUAAAAAGUUUUGCUUUUAUGGAGCAUUUUAAAGAUGCUCAUUAUUUUCAUAUUCCAUCUCAAGGAAAUAUAUACACAGUUACUGACUUAAAAUUAGCUAAUGGAACUCCUAUACUUUUAGCCGCUUCUCUAAAAAGGGAAAUUUUUUGUAUAGAAUAUUUGGAAUCUUCAUCUGGAUUCCUAGUAUCAACCACAAAAGAAGUAUCUUUUACAUAUAUCCCAAGUGGUGCUGAAAUAAUUUCUAUUGAUGCAUUUAAUAAGUCUACAACUAAUAAUGAACUAGUAAUUGGAAUCACUAUAAUAAAAAACAGUAGUGAUUCAGACACUUUAGAAACAUUCCUCAAUAUCUACUGCCAAUUAGAAGAAAAUGAAGAUUUUGACAUUGAAAAUAUUGCCCAAAACUGCCUAAAUGUUGAGUUAAAUUUCAUUCCUUAUAAACUUUUGCAUACACACUUAAUAACCUGGAAUGAUUGUAGUAUUCUCGGCAAAGAGAUAGUGUUUGUUUUAUCAGGCAGUGAUAACCAGGUACACAUUUUUCAAGAAAAUACCACAGAUCAUGUAUAUAGAGAAAUAGACGCUAAAGAAUACUUCCCAGAGUUUGGAAAAACAGCAAGCCCAGUUGUAUGGAUUGAUAUACAGUUCAUUAAUAAUUUUGAAGAGAGAGUUACUGCAUUUGGUUGUGAGUGUGGAUAUGUAAAAUUAAUGAAAAUUAAUACCAAGACAAAUAAAAUAGUGUACAACUUUUCCGUCAGAUUUGGAAACUACAUAUCUAAUGUUUAUUUAUACAGAGAAGAUAAAAUAAAAAGCAAAUACAAAAUCCAAAAAAUAAUUGGAGUCAAUAAUUCCAGUGAGAGUGCAGGAAACUCGCAGCCUAUCCUCAAUAUGAUAGUAAUCAACUCAAUUCUCCCUGCUGUUAUUUUUCGAGAUGUGCUGACUUAUGGACUCAGUGAUUAUGCUACUCUACCUAGGCAUGACAAUAGCACAAUUUUGACAAGCUGUGUUGUGGCAGACAUUGAUUUUGAUGAUGAAAAAGAAAUUUUGUUAGGAAAUAGUUCUGAGGAAAUUAUGUUAAUCAAGUAUGACAAAGGAGCCAAAAAUUGGUUUUUGGAAGAACUGAAACUGAUAGCAGCACCAGUGCUGUGUAUUAAAUAUAUUGACCUUACAGGAGACGGUGUAAAAGAUCUGGUAGUGUUUUCUGUUAAAGGGAUACAUGUUCUACAAUAUGACCAUCACUACAUCAAUGAGCAACUAAACAAGAAAAUUGACAGCGUGUGUAUUCCGACAAUAAGUAACACUAGAGAAAGUGCAAUUUAAAAAUGUAAAAUCUAACUUAAGAGAAUUUAUAUAUACCUACUGUACAUAUUAAAAAAAUGGAAGAUAUAUUUUUU